ACAAAUACACCAACCACAACCCUGUGGACCAACCAGCGCAGGCGAGUGAAGGGCUGAAGUGCCGACACGAAACAAGUGAUUUGUAGUUCAGUAUGCUGAACCGAAUCUUUUGAACAGUCCGUUUCUGUGAUGUAAACGUUUUCAGCGAUGUUGUUGGUAUUUUUGUCCUAAUUUAAUAGAUUACAUUUUGAAUGCUUAUCAUUUUAUUCUUAUUCAUAGCCUAACACCAUGUAAACAUCGCACAGAUGGCAAAUGUGACGCUCUUUUUAGUCGGGACGGUGGAUCGGCUCGAAUAAUUCAUUGAAGCCGAACAGGUUCAGACAAACGAUUCAUUCAGGACUUCGAAGUCGCUUCAGAAAAACAUGCCCCAAGUUCCCAACAGCGGCGGUGAGAGCGAAAGCAAGAAACGGAGACUAGAGGACGCGGCCGAUUUCCCCGCAAAAAAGAAAUCGCGCUGGGGCAUUUUAACAAGUCAGGGCUGUCAUGUCGUACACAUACUCGUGGCUAGACACACCGUGGGGAGAUGGAGACAUGGGCUCAUGGGCAGAUCGAUCUCCACUCCAUGAAGCUGCAAGUCAGGGGCGCCUUCUGGCCCUAAAGACCCUUCUCUCCCAGGGUUACAAUGCAAAUAUCAUUACCAUUGAUCAUGUCACCCCACUGCACGAGGCAUGUCUAGGGGAUCAUGUGGCCUGUGCCAGAGCCCUCAUUGAAGCCGGAGCCAAUGUGAACGCCACCACCAUAGAUGGAGUGACUCCUCUGUUUAACGCCUGUUCUGCAGGCAGUGCCACAUGUGCGGAGGUGCUUCUAGAGCAUGGUGCCAACCCACAGCCUGAACUGUGCCAACCUUCACCCAUCCAUGAGGCUAGCAGCAAAGGAAAAACGGCGUGUGUGGAGGCUCUCAUAGCAUGGGGGGCGGACGUAGACUAUGAUAUUCCCCACCUAGGAACUCCACUUUACAUCGCCUGCAGCUCCCGGGAGCUACAGUGCACACAGAAACUUCUAGAUGGAGGUGCCAAUGUUCAAAAAGGACGGUUCCUAGACACUCCCCUACAUGCAGCUGCAGAGAAAGACUGCCCAGAUAUCAUUAAAGUGCUGCUGGAAUUUGGUGCCAACAUAAACGCUCGCAACCUGGAGCUGCAAAGACCUGUGGAGGCAGCACCUCCUAGCAGCAUGGCAGAGGGCAUGCUUCUGCUAUAUGAAGCUACGCCUCCUGCUCUGAGCCAGUUGUGUAGGUUGAGUAUCAGGGAGUAUUUGGGACGGACCAGACUGCACCUCAUCCCCCAGCUCAAACUUCCCACCCUGCUCCACAGAUUUCUACAGUACAGAUAGAGCCCUGCUCUAUCUCUCUAUGUGUCUCUGUUCGUCACUCUCCUGUGCUCCUUCUCUGUCUUUUCUCUGUUUUUAUCUUCUCUCAAGUGCAUUUAUUACAAUUUCUUUGUAACCUCCAAUGCACAACAACACUUGUUUUGGUGUGAGUUCCUUCACUUGUAGUUAUUUCAAAUAGAGUUUCUGACAUAUAUUUUUGUGUGCAACAUCCUCAGCAAACAUCGGUACCAGUUAAGGGAAACUAACAAUGUCCAAAUUUAACAUCUCUGUAACUGUGUGAACCUUAAGAUGUGAAUACCUACAUAUGCAGCAUGUUAAAUGGUUCAGCCAAAAGACUUAAAGACAGAAUCAGAAAUGUCAGAACAUCUAUGUGGAAAUCUUGGCAUUCAAUUUUCUGAUCUUUUGUUGACACUGUUAAUGUACCCAGUGGUCCAUCCAAAAGUAAAAAAUUACACAAAUGUAGUUGAAUGACUAUUUACGACCACAAUUCCAAAAAAGUUGGGAUGCUGUGUAAAAAAAAAAAAAAAAAGGAAAAUGAAACAAUGCAGUGAUUUGUA